AUGAGCGCUAUUACACGCAUGUCCCCACUGGACUUGCUGUCCCUGAACCUUACCAACUUGGACCCUUUGACGGAGAAUUAUGACCUCGGCUUCUAUCUCAAUUAUCUCACUAAAUGGCCGUCUCUGUUUAGCGCGGUGAAAGAUCGCGAUGCAGGCGUCGUUGGCUAUAUAAUGGGCAAACUUGAAGAGCAACAUCCAUCCAUGCGACAGUCCGAGCACUACACCCCUUGGCACGGUCACAUCACAGUGUUGACCGUUGCGCCAGCCUGGCGUCGCAUGGGCUACGCAAGCCGGCUGACUGAGCAACUGGAGCGUGGAUCAGAUAUCAACAAUGCCUGGUUCGUGGACCUGUAUGUCCGCGCAGGUAACAAAGUGGCAGUAGAUAUGUAUAAAGGAAUGGGCUACUCCGUCUUCAGGCGAGUUGUCAGCUAUUAUAGUGAUGACCCAACCGGUAUGUCAGAUACCGGGGAAGAUGCUUUUGACAUGCGGAAGCCAUGCAGUCGAGACAAAAAGCUGGCACAUGUGCGAGAAAAGGGCGAAGAAUUCCUCGUGCAUCCCGAGGAUGUUUCAUAG